AUGGUUACUGCAAUGGCAGCUCCCGCGACAAGCCGCAGGGAGACCACCUUCCUGAACGACAUGCUAACGGGAAGGUGGCUGGUUUCUCCUAAGUCAGCUCUCAAGAUCGCGCUGCUCUUUUUGGUCGCUUACUUCGCUUGGGAGUACCUUGUGCCGGUGGAUGUCAACCCUUUCCGGCCGUUCCUGCUCCUCUCGUACCGCCUUCCUGAGUCAGAGGUCGUCCUGAAGGAGGCUUCGUACCGCCUCUACGGCCCCGCGCCGACCUACUCGGCGGACAAUGUGGUGCUCAACAACCUGCGCCUGUUCUGCCAGUCCUUGCACAAGACCCUGUUCCCUAACGAGCCGCGUUUCCUGCGCUACGGAAAGGGCUGGCUGGACCUCUGCUUUAUUGCCUACUUUGUGGUCGUCUUCAGUUUCCUGCGCCAGGUCCUCACGAUGCACGUCUUCAAGCCCCUUGCCAAGCGCUGGGGAAUUCGUUCGGACCAGAAGCAGACGCGCUUUGCCGAGCAGGGCUACGGUCUCUUCUAUUGGGGCAUUGCCGGCAUGCUCGGUGUCUACGUCAUGUCUUUCCAGGACAGCUGGUGGUACAAGUACCCGCACUGGGUGAUGCGCCCUGAGCUCAAGGUGUACUACCUGCUCCAGGCGAGCUUCUGGAUGCAGCAGGCCUUUGUGAUGCUCUUCGGCCUCGAGCGGCCCCGCAAGGACUACUACGAGCUCAUUGCCCACCAUCUCGUUACGCUCUGGCUCAUCGGCUGGUCCUACUUUAUCAACCUGACCAUGAUCGGCACCACGGUAUUUGUGUGCAUGGACAUUCCUGACACUUGGCUUGCUCUGUCCAAGAUGCUCAACUACCUGAAAAUGAACACGCUGGCGGCUGCUGUCUACUCGUUCUUCAUGGUGGUCUGGUCUUACUUCCGUAUCUACUUGAGUGCACUCACGCUCCGCUCGGUCUACGUGCACUACCACCUUAUUCCGGCCUACGCACGAACCUUCUUCCCGUCGCGUGGUCACUGGCUUGUGUGGUGGAUGCAAUGCCACGUGUUUGCACCGCUCCUCCUCCUGCUGCUCCUUAACAUCUUCUGUGCUAUUCGUGGCGUCUAUGGUGACACGCGCGAAGAAGAUGAGGACGAAGAGGUCGCAGAGGUUGAAGAAAAGAAAGAGCAGUAA